AGUCAAAAUCCCCAGUGUUGUGACAAGGGGGCGAAGCGCAAUCGGCGCCAAAUCGCCCGAAAAUCGCCAAGGUCAGCGGCGCGGAUGCCAUCUGGAGGCGGCCGAGCAAGCGAAAUCAGUAAUGGCCGCUGGGUUUUGGCAGUGUUCUUCGUGUUUCGGUGAGAGUGACUUAUGUUGUAGUGUUAAAGUGUGUGAUUAUGUAUUGUACGGUUGACAAAAGCCACAGUAGCGGAGCCUCAGCCACGCAGCCUAGGAGCAUGAAAGAUGGAAUCGGUCUACCAACGGGCGUCACGAUGCGGGAGAAGAAAAGUGGAGCCUUGUCACGGAUGCAGAAGCUCAAGAAAAGACUGUCACACUCGUUCGGACGACUGUCGGUUUCGAAGGAAGAGUCCGAGGAGCACAACCACGGCAAGCUGCCGUACAACGGCUACAGCGACGAGUUCCUAGACCGUUUGGAGCCCAACGGGAACAUACCUGCCGGCAAAGGUGAUAUUAGAUACGAACUGUACAAUGUGUCCGGGCAUGAAAGGGUCAAACGCCAACUUUCCGUGUCCUCGGACAGCAAACUCCUCGACGACGAUAUUCGGGAGGAGACCAAAGUGAUACUACGACCGAGAAAACCCCCCAGACCCAAGUCCGAAGUUUUACUCAAUCAAGGGUCCGAUCACCGGCGAACGAAGAGGUAUUCCGCUUUUGGGGGCGACUCCCCCUUCGGCAAGUCGGAAGCCUACAUAAAACUAGAACAAUUAGGUGAAGGUUCAUACGCGACCGUGUACAAAGGAUUUAGCAAUUUACAAAACCAAGUCGUAGCAUUGAAAGAGAUUAGACUUCAAGAAGAAGAAGGAGCUCCGUUCACGGCGAUCCGAGAAGCCUCCCUCCUCAAAGAACUGAAACACGCCAACAUAGUCACACUGCACGACAUCGUCCACACGCGAGAGACUCUCACUUUCGUUUUUGAAUAUGUCCACACCGACCUAUCUCAGUAUCUCGAACGGCACAGCGGCGGCUUGGACCCUCGCAACGUCCGACUGUUCCUCUUCCAAUUGUUGCGAGGGCUGUCCUACUGCCACAAGCGCCGGGUGCUCCACCGCGACGUCAAACCCCAAAACCUCCUCAUUAGCGAGAUCGGCGAAUUAAAACUCGCCGACUUCGGCCUGGCUCGAGCCAAAUCAGUGCCCAGCCACACCUACUCCCACGAGGUGGUCACGCUGUGGUACCGACCUCCGGACGUCCUCCUCGGAAGCACCGAAUACUCCACGUCGUUGGAUAUGUGGGGCGUCGGCUGUAUAUUCGUCGAAAUGAUCACCGGGAUGGCGAUUUUUCCCGGCGUCAGGGAUACCUACGAUCAACUAGAUAAGAUAUUUAAGGUGUUAGGAACUCCGACCGAAGAAGACUGGGCCGGCGUUACGCGAUUGCCGGGUUAUAAGUUACACAAAAUAGGACAGUAUAGAGCUAGGAAAUUGGGGCUGUGUUGGCCGCGGCUGCAUGACGUCGUCCAUGGGGAGGCGAUGGCCACGGCUUUGCUGCAGUUGGAUCCGCUGAAGCGGCUAGGGGCCGAUGAGGCCAUGGUGCAUCCCUAUUUUAAUGGCUUGCCCAAGAAGCUUCUAGAGUUGCCCGAUGAUGCUUCGAUCUUCAGCGUGGAGGGCGUGCACCUGUACCAAGAGCAGUAUUCUGGUAUCAAAUGAGGAUUGUCAAAACUACCUCUCUCAGGAACCUUCUUCAAGCAAUGACCCCUUGGUCAUUUCCUUCAUCCCAGCUUCAAGCCACGCCACUGUCACACUGCUGUGCAACAUCUUUCCGUUAUUACUACAUCAUGACAUUUGUUGGACAACGAUGUGAUUUUUUACAUUCUCACACACACUCACCGAUCCAUUCCUUCCAUGGUGCUCAAUUAUAAAAUUAAAGACUUAGCGUCUGGUCAAAAAAGGGCUGUUGUUAUGCCUUGGCACCCGUUUCUGUUUUUCAGUAGAAGUCAUUUUAUCUUUCGCCCCAUCGCCGUUCCUCUGCGCCACGUAAAUAAACGAACAAGAUUUAAGACUGAAUCGUGUCGGAUCGUGUCUUAUUAGCUAUGUCAUAGGGGGCGCUGCAGCUUGGCGGGGGAACGAUCGUGCCAACGGUCAAAACGUAGUAGUGAUUUUGAUUAAAUUUAAUUAGGAAAUACUGGAUUUAGGCCUAAUAGAAGAGCAUGGUUUAGUUGCUGUGAGCUCUAGAACACCAUCUUAGUCAAUGAAAAUAGCGAUAGAGUAGGCCAUUCUUGGAUCAAGGCACUAAGCGGCAAUGCACCCCUCCUGUGGUACGUCCAAACAUGCCGUCAACUUUCACUUGUUUAGCGGUUAGAUUUUACUGAUUUUUCGCAUUUGGUUAAGAAUUCAAAUUGCUUCGUGGCCAAAUGCAAAAAAUAAUCACUCAUAUGCUCAGUGCACGCUUACGUAGGCAGGCACUCGUUUCCGUCAAAAUGAUGACAAAUCAAAAGUGUUUUUACAGCGGAUGAAUCGAAACGCAAGACCAACAACAAACUUGAAGGUUUUCGUUGUCUCACACUAUUUUUUAUAACAAUAAUAAAUGAUGAUCGCAACGUUUCAUUUGUUCUUUUGGAUGUAUCGCUCUGAAAUGCACCAUUUUUGUGUCAAAAUUGGUGUGAUUUAUAUUAUGUGAUAGAGUUAAAUUGUUACUUUGGUUUGUUACGCGGAUGUGUUUACUGAAGGUGAAUUUUAUGAUACCGAGGAAUAAUGGUGUACGUAAUCCUUGUACCAUGUUGCAUUGUACAUAGAAAUAGUUGUUUAUAUUAUAAGAUAAUUAUACGAAUACCGAAAAUUUACUGAAUAAUAAAUGUCUUUGUAUAAA